UACUUGACCAAUCAAAAACAUGUCUCUACUCUCUCCUCUUCAUCUGCUCCACUCAUUCUCCUCCACCGUCGCCACAAAAUCCACCGCCUCUAGAAUCACUGCCACGCCGUCGAAACUCCGCUUCUCCGUCGUCAAUGCGACACAGGAGAAUGGAAACAGCGGUGGUAGUAAAAACGAUCGUGAUGAGGAUCCUUCUUUUAACCCAUUUGGUUUCGUUACUGACAAUCCGUCUAGCCGGAGUGCAAUUCAGUUACCGGAGUCUCCGGCUGAAGACGGUAACGUCGGUCAAAUGCUCUACAGGACUGAAGAUAAAGGAAAAGAGUAUGGUUCAACUAUCAAAUCGGGGAAGCUUAGGUGGUUUGUGAGAGAGACUGGAUCAAAAGAGAGUCGGCGAGGAACCAUUGUUUUUGUUCAUGGAGCUCCUACUCAGUCUUUUAGUUACCGGACUGUCAUGUCUGAGAUGUCAGAUGCUGGAUUUCAUUGCUUUGCACCUGACUGGAUAGGAUUCGGAUUCAGUGAUAAGCCGCAGCCGGGAUACGGUUUUAAUUACACAGAAAAAGAGUACCAUGAGGCGUUUGAUAAACUGCUGGAAGUGCUAGAGGUCAAAUCUCCUUUCUUUCUUGUUGUUCAGGGAUUUCUUGUAGGUUCAUAUGGUUUAACUUGGGCUUUGAAAAAUCCAAGCAAGGUUGAGAAAAUCGCGAUCCUUAAUAGUCCACUGACCGUUUCAUCCCCAGUUCCCGGAUUAUUUAAGCAACUGAGGAUUCCCCUGUUUGGUGAAUUCACCUGCCAAAAUGCUAUCUUGGCCGAGCGGUUCAUUGAAGGAGGUAGCCCCUACGUCCUGAAGAAUGAGAAAGCUGAUGUCUAUCGUCUACCUUAUUUGUCAAGCGGAGGACCUGGGUUUGCCUUGCUCGAGACUGCGAAAAAGAUCAACUUUGGAGACACCUUGAGUCAAAUUGCAAAUGGGUUUUCAUCGGGCAACUGGGAUAAACCUACGCUUCUGGCUUGGGGAAUAGCUGAUAAAUAUCUGCCUCAGUCUAUAGCAGAGGAAUUUGAGAAACAGAAUCCCCAAAAUGUCAAGCUUCGACUCAUCGAAGGUGCUGGGCAUUUGCCUCAAGAAGACUGGCCGGAGAAAGUAGUUGCUGCCCUCCGAGCAUUUUUCUGACUUCCAAAUUCACCAAACAAGGACAAAGGUAAUCACAAAGCCUUGCAACAGCCAAAAUAACUAGCAAUAGUAGAG